CGCUGUGCGUAUUGUUACAGGUGUCGUCCCCGCAAAACCUCUCAAAGUAUGAAAGCCUUGGGAAUACUCGCGGUUGUCUCUGUUGUGACUACAUCGUGCUGGGCUCCUACCAGCGCUGUGACAAUGUUUCCCACGAAUGCAACUGUAGCGUCAACAGAGAAUUCAACAUCGCUGUCAAAUGUGGAUUCAACGACAACUGUGGCUAGUACGACAAGCAUGCCGUCGACGACAUUCGCUCCAGAAGGAAGCACAGCAACAGAAGCCACCAAUGCAAGUGCCGAGACGACGACUAGCCCCGAGGAGACCACACCUACGGUGACCCCAUCUUCCAACAAUGUCAGCUCACCCGACACCACAACGAGACUAGCUUCAGACGAUGUCUGCAUCGAGGCAACGAUCCCAAACGUUAUGAACAUUGGAGAGUGCCUUGGAGAAGACCUCGAUUUGUGCUCCGGAGAAAAGGAAAACCUGGUCCAGAAAGGAAUGUUCAACAGAAAGAAAGCUUAG